AUGGAAUCGUAUUGGAUAAAGAUCAACAUGGAUGGGGCUGUUAUGGGACAUCCAGGAAUGGCGGGUGCAGGUUUUAUUUGCAGGGAUUCGAGUGCUCAAACUGUGAUGGCUCUCGUGCAGCCUCUAGGAAUAAUUGUCGCGCUAAUAGAUGAAACAUGGGCAACUCUAGGAUUAGAUACCUUCAGUAACUUACCACAAGCUUUCAAGAAUUACUUUUUAAUGGUUGAUUCUGGUAGCGAUCUUAUAUGGACUCAAUGCCAAGGUGGCUCUUCUUAUUUUCAUCAAGACGAACCCUAUUAUCCUGCACAAGGUUCAAGUGUUUUGGCUAAAGAAAAAUUCACUGUAAAUUCAGAUAACGAUGGCCUUGAAUAUUUUGACAUGAUCUUAGGUAUCGGCACUAACCAAGUGAAUUUUGAACCAUUUUUUGGGCUUGGGUUUAUGAGGAGGCAACCUGAUGUUAUCGUAGGAAUACUCCGUCUGGAUGGAAACCCGAGGUCUUUUCUAAAUCAAUUAGAUCCUGCCGGAGAAGGAAAAUUUGCAUACUGCCUAAAACCAUAUACUGAUGGUACGACUUCGAGCACAUACUUGAGGUUUGGUUCAGACGCGAUAAUCGGAGGUAAAGGUCAACAAGUAUAUCAAAUUCCAUUAUUUUUCCAUCGUCAUGACCCAGGUGCAUGUUACUUAAAUUUGGAGGAUAUUAGUGUUGGUGAGAUUAGAAUCAUAUUUCAAAGCACAGAUUUCCAGUACAAAGAGGAUACUGGAAGAGGCGGUUGUUUCAUAGAUUCAAGGUCUCCAUUGACCUCUUUUCCCGAAGCUCAGAUAACAGCCUAG